AGGCACAAAGCCAAUAACCUAAACAAAUGAAGAAAAAAAAGAGACGCCAUGACGUGAUUAAACUGGCUAAGCAACUUAUUGGGGACUGCACACUGCGUUACUGUGGCAAAACAGACAAGGAAGAGGAUCUGUACAGACUGGUACAGCAAUCCACAUAGAUUAAAUGUCAUUUACCGGUUAGGCGUCAGCAAGCCAGCGAUAUGAAUUCUUACCCUUUUGCAAGCGAGUUGACUUGUUCAAUUUGUCUGGACAUUUUUACCGAUCCGGUCACGCUUCUCUGCGGCCACUCUUUCUGCAGAACAUGUCUCACGGGUGUUUUGGACAACGAAGAGGAGCACUUGUGUCCGCAAUGUCGGAGGUCUGUCUCAUCUGUGGAGGAGGUGACAGGCUUGUGUAGCAACUUCGUCUUGCUCAGCCUUGCUGAAAAGGCAAAACAAAAAUGCAAUAUCACCAAAGAUGAGGUUGCUGAAAUGUGCCCGAAGCAUGAUGAGAAGCUGAAACUGUACUGUGUGACCGACGGGCAGCUGAUUUGCGUCAUAUGUCGAGAUGGAGAAUGGCAUAAAGGACACACAUUCAAACCCAUCGAAGAAGCAGCGGCGUUGCUGAAGAACGACCUGGUGAAGGGAUUGGACAGGAUUUCUGGACCCGACAAAACUUUGGAGAGCGCGUUCCACACUCAGGGAGAGAAACUAGUUGCAAUCAAAAACAGGUCUUGUCAACUGCUGAGCCAAAUCAGUGCACAGUUUGAGGAGAUGCACCAGUUUUUGUGGAAGAGAGAAAAUGAGCUGAGCAAAGAAGUGAAACGACAAGAGAACACUGGUAAGGAGCAAAUCGUCAAGGCGCUGAACACUAUCAACGCAGCGCUGUCCCAGAGUAAAACGUUGCAGGCUAAGGUGGGUUCAGUUCUGGAAAUGGCCGACCAUAGUAAAUUUUUAAAGGGCUGGGCCGAAGUUAACGUUAUGCUUCAAAAUGCAUACCAAGUGAGCGCAAAGGAUUUCUCAGUGGAGGAAACCUCUCUAUCCCUGGGACCUUAUGAGAGUCACCUGAAGUUCUUUAUUUGGAAAGAGAUGCUUCAAGUGAUCAAGCCUCGAGAAGAACAAGUCACCCUCAAAGGGGAGGAGGGGGUCCAGUCCAAUCUGUCUGUUGACAGACGCAGUCUGCUCCAUAGUUCCCCCAUUGAAACUCAAGAUCCAGUUGUCCCAAAAAGCCACAUUCAAAUUCAACAUCCAACUAUCCGAAAAGGCAUCUUAGGUGAUCGUUCUUAUAGGGUUAAGCGUCCAAAGGCUAUUAAAUCCGUGGCAGAAAAUGCCAGUCUUGCCUCCAGAGUCUUCCCUACUUCUUCGUAUCAUGGAUUGGCCACAAGUGUGAACAUAUUCACUUCAGGGCAGCAUUACUGGGAAAUAGAGGUUGGCCAUAUUGGUGAAACUUCCUUUUGGGAAGUGGGGAUACAAGAUCACAUGAUCAAACAUCAUGGUGGGAAGCUUUCCAUCAAUUGUCCAGAGGGAGUAACUCCACUAACUCUCCAAUGCAUACCAAAAAGGAUUGGGAUCUAUCUCGACCUCUCAUCCCAGAAGCUCUCUUUCUACAAUGCAGCCAACAUGACACACAUUGGCACAGUCAGCAUGAAAAAGUCUCAAGCAACCUCAGUGUCAGCAGUCCUGAAAAUAAAAUACGACAUGCCAAAUAUCAUCCCUUUUACUGUGUGCCGGUAUUGAAGCACGCCUGGGUAAAAACAACACCAGGAAACAGAAGAAUUAAAAAGGUAUUCUGGCUGUUACCACAAGACAGGUGCUCAUACCUACCUGCAUGAUCUCAUGUUUUGGACAGGUGUGGUACUGUUGGCUGCCCUGGCCAUGUGCAUGUUUGUUAUGUUACUCACUCAAUUUACUUAACCGAUUGAUUACUUUAAAAGUAAUUUGGAUGAAGUUAAAGUUGGAUUACAUGGUAAUGUAACUCAAUUUACUUCACUGAUUGAUUACUUAACUUUAAAAGUUGGAUUACAUGUUAAUUUAAUAAAAAAAAAACUUGAUUGCUUUUGGUAAACAAACAUUUGUUUUUGUUUUUUUAAGCCAGUCUGUUUUGGCUUUGUAUAUUUUAUAUAUUUUUAACGUUUAUAAUGUAUGUUACUUAUAAUUAUUAAUUUGGGGACCUUGAAUGUGCAUCAAUCCAUGGUUUUUAUUUUAAUUUGACAAAUUUGUAGCUAGAUAACAUGUUAUCAACCGCAAAGUACCUUUAAUAAUUUUAGUGAACACAAAAACUAAACUGAUUGUAUUUCCGGCUUGAAAACAAUCUCUAAUUCCACCAUUAUAAAUCACACGGUCGAGACAUGACACGGCGUAUAUGUAAUGUCACUCACACAGAUAAGAACUUCAAUUGUAAAGUUUGUAUUUUUUCAUCAGGUUUUCCUCAUUUUCUUUUCUAUCCAUUGAUUGUUAAUAAAUGUUAAUGAAAAAUGAA